UCCUCUCCAUCCGCACUCACUGAUCCUGCACGGGCUGGCCUGUGUCAAGUCAAGUCAUAGCGCCAACUCCCACAUUCACCUCCAAUCACCAAAUCCGGCUGGACCGCACUGCUGACAUUUCCUCGCUCACUUCCAUCCCUCCAGCAAAGUGCUGCUCAUUGCACCUCUCAGGAGCGCCUUGAACGAAGCAGGUAGCCCAACACUUGAGCCAGCACUUGCUCAUCUUGCUCGCGCAGGUCGCGUUGCCCUCUUGACCCAGCAUGCGGCUAUUCAGCAGACCAAGAGCUGUAGCAACAGCUCUCCUGGUCAUGCUGCACCACUGCUUAUCCGGGCCCAUCAUGCACGGUCCAUCCAAUCUGCGCUCGUCGCCAAGCAGCUCCAAAGCGGCAGACAUCGAACUUAGAUUCGGUCUCGCUUCUCGAUUGGCCAGCUCUGUGGGUGCCAGGGCUGUGCGCAUCGGCGCUGGCAAACCCAAAUCGGGCUUGAUCGCUUUCGUGAGUGAGCAGUGGACCGACGAUGCAGAGCCUCGUCCGCUCGUCAGACGUGCAUGCAACCUGCCCUUCAUCGUGAACAGCUUCAUCGUCCUUCAUGGACAGCAUCGCGAUCCGCAUCGUUCCUACAGAGCUAUCAAAGCUGCCGUUGGAAGGCGUCGAGAUUGCCUCAUCAUCGCUCCAGGCUUCUUCACCAAGGUCGAUCCAAUGUCCAGAGCUGCAGAGCUAGUGUGGGAUUUCAGACCAAGAAACGAGGCGGAUUGGGAAGCCAAGUGGCAAAGCGGUCACGAUGCAUCUACGGGGGCAAAGCGCGUCAGCGCAUUCGACGUGUUGGAUCACUUGCUUCGACGAUUGGUUUUAUCUGGCACGUACCCCAAUUUGGAGAGGAUCACUUUCAGCGGACAUAGUGCGGGAGCUGGAAUGCUGGCUCGCUACUCUUACCUAGGAGGAGCCGAAGCUGCUCUAGGAGCGGCUACCGGGCGUAGGGUCAGAAUUAGAUACGUGCUAGCAAAUGCUCCUUCCAACCUCUACUUCUCCGAUGAUCGACCAAUCGACUGGUCUAUGCACGCCAAAGCAGCCAAGGACAAGUGCAAAACGCUGCAUACUUGGAGGUACCAAAUUCAUGGCGAUGUACCGCGAUAUGUCAAGGCUGGACUGACCAAAGACAGGUUCGAAGAAUGGGCAAAGAUGGACAUCGUUAGACUCUCGGGAGAUGAGGAUGUGCAUCACGAGAUGGACACUGGGGAUCAGAGCUGCGCUGCUCAAGCUCAAGGCGGCAUGAACAGGCACGAUCGCAAUCUAGCCUAUUGGGCCUAUCAGAACGCAUUGGCUGGCACACGGAUGGAUCUCUCUCCCUACCUUCCCAAGGAGAAUUUGGACACGUUGCAAAAGAACCUCGAAUCGAGAAGAGUGGAUCACUUUCGCCAUCGCUUCUCCAUCGUACCCGGCGUAGGUCACGAUUGUCACGACAUGUUCAAUUCCCCUCUUGGCAUUUCUGCGCUCUUCGAUGAGGAAUUUGUCAGCGGACCUCCACCUGCUGUUCCGCCACCAGGCGCCAAAUUGGUGGUCGCGUACGAUGCGCUCAUGUCGACCAGACCUCAGCCGUCAGGCUUCUUUGCAAAGUUGAUGCAUGGCCUCGGAGAGUUUUUCAAGAAGCUCUUUGGCAGGCAUGAACACAGACGUCCUGCCUCUCACACGCCUGACCCACCUCCUCUCAAAGCCAAGCGCGCAAAUAUCGAGCGAGAGCGCUACCCGAUGCCUGGGUGAGUCUGGCACCAUCGACUGUAGUUCAACGCGGUGCUCAGUGGUCACUCCGGCGCUGGUCGGGUCUGCGACGAGAAGCAUGCAACGUCCUUGCGAUUUAUCCUCAAAGCGGAUUCAAAAUGUACUCGAAUCGAUAUCAUUUGCUACUGCCUGCAUCUCAAGAAUGCGAUGCAGCGCUAAUAGUUGCGGCAAGGUGUCUAGCCCGGUACCGCUGCAGGCCGCGAAUGCCUCAGUGAAUCCUCUCACGGAACCUCGGGUCUCUAAGAAGCAGA